GCAAACCACACAUCCAGCCAUAAACCAAAACAACCUCAUUUCUCCUUCUCCGGCGUCUCCUCCACAACGUCUAUCUCUACCUUUACUCUUCUCACAACCAUCUCUCAUGGAGUCUGAUCCUAGGAAACAACAACCACCCAAGCUCCCUUCUUCUCAACCUCCUCCACCUCCUCUACCAUUAGAUCCUCCUCCACCCUCGUCGAGGUCGCUUAGAAAGAUUGUAGUGGUGGCCUCCAUAGCUGCCGGUGUCCAGUUCGGCUGGGCCUUGCAGCUCUCUCUUUUGACACCUUACGUUCAGCUUCUUGGCAUACCUCACACCUGGGCUGCUUUCAUUUGGCUAUGUGGACCCAUUUCCGGAAUGCUUGUCCAGCCUAUUGUCGGCUACCAUAGCGACCGUUGCACCUCCCGUUUUGGCCGUCGGCGACCCUUUAUUGCUGCCGGUUCUGUCGCUGUUGCUGUGGCUGUUUUCCUCAUUGGUUAUGCUGCUGACCUUGGCCACCUCUCUGGUGACCCUCUUUCCAAGAGCCCCAAACCACGAGCUAUUGCUGUGUUUGUUGUCGGAUUCUGGAUUCUGGACGUCGCUAAUAACAUGCUCCAGGGUCCUUGCCGUGCUCUUCUCGCCGAUCUUUCUGGUGCCAAUCAGAAGAAGACACGUAUAGCUAAUGCACUGUACUCCUUCUUCAUGGCCGUCGGAAACGUUCUUGGCUUCGCCGCUGGAUCCUACACUCAUUUAUAUAAAAUAUUUCCGUUCUCAAAGACUACAGCUUGCGACGUUUACUGUGCAAAUCUGAAAUCUUGUUUCUUUAUCUCCAUUGUUUUGCUUUCAUCUCUCACGUUGUUAGCUCUCAUUUAUGUUCGUGAAAGACCUUGGUCCCCGGAGCAGAGAAACACCGCUGCGGGUGACGAUGAGGAGGAGGAGGAAGGACCGUCGGAAUCUUCUCCGAUGCCGUUCUUCGGAGAAAUAUAUGCGGCUUUGAAGAAUCUACAGAGACCCAUGUGGAUCCUUCUCCUUGUGACAUGCUUGAACUGGGUUGCAUGGUUCCCAUUUUUGUUGUUCGAUACCGACUGGAUGGGCAGAGAGGUGUACGGCGGAGAUUCAAACGGGAAUUCCGAUCAGGUGAGGCUGUAUGACCGUGGGGUUCGCGCCGGUGCACUGGGUCUGAUGCUGAACUCGGUGGUCUUGGGGUUCACUUCUCUGGGUGUGGAGGUGUUAGCGCGUGGGGUCGGAGGAGUGAAAAGAUUGUGGGGUAUAGUGAAUUUCAUUCUUGCAUUUUGCUUGGCAAUGACCAUCUUGGUUACCAAAAUGGCUGAAUCCCACAGAAAAUUCACCACCGUGGAAGGCGGCGCCACCGUUACCUUGCCACCACCUGGAGGCGUCAAGGCUGGUGCAUUGGCCCUUUUUGCGGUGAUGGGUAUCCCUCAAGCUAUAACUUACAGCAUUCCUUUUGCUUUGGCAUCAAUAUUUUGUAACACUGCUGGUGCUGGCCAAGGACUUUCUUUGGGAGUUCUAAAUCUUUCAAUAGUUAUACCACAGAUGGUGGUGUCCGUAGCCAGUGGACCAUGGGAUGCAUUAUUUGGAGGUGGUAAUCUACCAGCUUUUGUGGUGGGGGCGAUUGCGGCAGCGGCCAGCGGAAUAUUUGCACUCACCAUGUUACCAUCUCCGCCGCCGGAUAUUCCCUCCGUCAAGGGUUCAAGAUCCACCACUGCUGCCUUCCAUUGAUCUUGAUCACGUCCACACAUAUAUAUAAAUGUGGAUAUGUGAUCAUGUAGAUGUGAAAGAAAGCUUUUUUUUUUUUUU